AGCUGUUGUCUUUGGCUCGAUAGCUUUGCCUCGGCGCGUGGCCUCGCGAAGCGCGAUGUUGCCCAUCAGCAAGAAGCAGGUUGGAAGAGAUUGGAUGGAGUUUUUCACCAUCCUCGUUUGGGCAACUGUGAUUUUGAUUAUGUUCCUGGCCAAGUUGAAAGCCUUUCAGGACGUUUUGAUUGCCAUCAUUCUUGGCACACUCAUGAUGAUUGCAAAUGCGGACUUCUUCUUCUCUCAUUUCCGGAUCUACAAGAUCUACGUCGUGCUGCGAAGAUCCCUCUUCAAGGACGUGCUCGGAGCUGCUUUUUUGGGUCUCGGAUGUUUGGCUUUGCACGGCCUAUGGCCUGAUGCCAAGGGUCCCGGCAUUGCGUUGCACUUGGCAUCCCUAGCAGCUUGGGUAGGAUGCGGCGUGCAGACCAACCCCCUCCUCUCAGCUGGCCUUUGGGCUGGCGGCCGAAAUCAGAUGACCAAGGUGCAGCUUUUCCUGAGAAUUCUCGCGCAGGUGGCGGGAUCCGUCAUCGCUUUCGCUGCUUUUGGGCUGUACUACUCUUUCCGCUUCCCUGGAGAAGGUCCGUUCAGUCACUUCCUUGGCCUCGAGAGCGCCUGUAGCGCUGCGGCCACCUUUGUUGCCACGGUGGCCCACAUCAGAGUCCGAGAUGCUCAAUCUCAGAAGGAUUUGGCGAAGGUGUCCUGAGCGACAACGGAAGCCACAAACUCAAAAAAAGACUAGCCCUCACAGCCCCC